AUGUCUUCAUCCGAGAGCUCAACACCAAACCACACGCCCCAACCUCGCAUGGUUGUGCAAAAUCUUUACAUCCCCGACGCGGCUGCUGACGAGAUUGACUUGGCCAGCCAACCAUGGAUGAUGGCCACCAUCAUUGAUGAUGAUGACCUAAUGUUCGGGGGCAAGCCGCUGUGCGCGUGGUACGAGGAGGACCGGAGGAUGCUGAGCUCAGCCAUGGACGUGGACGAUGAGGAGCCGAGGGGACGGCCGCGCGAGCGAUCCCGGGGCAGCAGCCACCACCACCAGCAAGCGCAUCAGCAGCCACAGCAUCAGCAUCAAAUCCAGCACCAACAUCGCCGCCAUCACAGCAAGAAGUCUACCGAGCCAAAACAGUGA